GGCCCAGUCCUCCCGGCGGCACCUCGGGAAAUGGCUGGGACGACCAGCCCAGGCCCCUAGGUAGCGCCGCAGGCUUCCCUCGGAUCGAGAUGCGGGGGCGCAGCGAGAUCGGACGGAAACAGGACGGUGGGGCCAGAAAUGCGCUUUGGUAUCACGAGGCCAUUUUACUGUGUAAUGACGCGACGCCUCCGCUAGACCUUGGGCCUUACGGGAUAGCUAGGCGCCCUAUUAUCUUAUCUAGACGGGGUCGGCUGUAUGGGUCACGAUAACACCUGGCGCCCGACGCCCGACCCCGAUCGCCAAUUCACAACCGCGCUUCGACACCCCAUAAAGAGGGCGGCCGCCCAACCUCGGCACGGCGGCUGCCGGAGCGUCGACGUGCGUCGCAGCUCUCCUGUCGCUCAACGGCCGCCACGCACGGCGCAUCUUACAAUGGCGCUCAACAAAGUCAAGCAAUACCUGCACGUCGAGUAUCGGCCCGGAGAGCGCAAGCUCAUCCAAAAGAUCGACUUCUUCAUCCUGACUUUUUGCUGCCUAAGCUAUCUGGUCAACUACCUUGACCGAACAAACAUCAACAAUGCCUACGUCUCAGGCAUGAAAGAGGAGCUGGGCUUCGUCGGAGACCAGCUAAACCAGAUCAACACCUGCUUCACCAUCGGCUACGUUCUCGGGCAGGUGCCGUCCAACUUGUCCCUCCACUAUGUCAAGCCGCGCUACUGGUUCCCCCUGAUGAUGAUGAUCUGGGGCGCCCUGACCAUGUGCACCGCCAGCGUGCGCAGCCCGACGUCCAUCAUGGCCAUCCGCUUCUUCCAGGGCCUGGCCGAGGCCUCCACCUUUGUCGGGACGCACUACAUCCUGGGCGCCUGGUACACGGAGCGCGAGCUCGGCAAGCGCAGCGGCAUUUUCACGGCCUCGGGCCUGGCCGGCACCUUCUUCGGCGGCUUCAUCCAAACGGGCAUCCACAGCAGCAUGGACGGCCUGCACGGCCUCAGCGGCUGGCGCUGGCUCUUCAUCGUCGACGGCUUGCUGGUCGUCCCCAUCGCCGCCUACGGCUUCUUCUUCUUCCCCGACACGCCCCACGCCACGACCGCCUUCUACCUUACGGCCGAGGAGAAGGCGCUCGCGGCGGCGCGCGUGCCGCCGGUCGGGGAAGAGCGGUCGCCGCUGACGCUCGGGUUCGCCAAAAAGGUGCUCGCGUCGUGGUACUGGUGGGGCUUUGUCGUGCUCUGGGUCAUCGCGGGCGAGACCGAGUCCUUUAGCACCAACUCGCUGCUGGGCCUGUACAUGAAGAGCCACCCGGCCGGGUCGUACACGGUCGCGCAGCUCAACAACUACCCGACGGGCGUGCCGGCCGUCGGCAUCGUCUCGACCCUCUUCUGGGCCACCCUGACGGACCUGCUGGGUGGCAAGCGGUACCUCGUCGCCUACUUUAUCGGCGUUGUCGGCGUCGCCACGUCCGCCAUGGUCCUGGCCGCGUCCCGCGACCCGGCCAGCGCCGCGUCCACGUCGGUCGUCUUCGCCGCCUACUACUGGGCCGGCGCCGUCUACGCCUGCCAGGCCACCUUCUUCGCCUGGUGCAACGACGCCAUGCGCCACGAGGACCCCGUUUUCCGCGGCGUCGUGCUCGCCGGCAUGAACCUGUGCAGCAGCGCCGUCAAUUCGUGGUGGAGCAUUGUGUUUUACGGCGCUUCCAUGGCGCCUUGGUUCAUUAGGGGCAUGUGGGCCAUGAUCGCCACCUCCAUCGCGCUGGUCGUCUGGACCGUCGGCUUGUCGUAUCUGACGCACAGGGAGGAGAAGCGCAGGGUCCUCGACGCGGAGGAGACGGUUUCGGUCGCAAAGGAAAAGGAGGUGAAGGGUGAUGAAGCAUGAUGGAUGGUGGUAUCUUGAUCGACACAUCAAUCCGUACGGCCCACGGGAGGAGGGCCUUUCAGUCUAAGCCUACAUACACAAGCAUCUGCAAUCCACCGGCAUACGGCAGGAUGGUACCCUUGAAUCCACUGUUCGGCCGGCUCACGUAUUCCAGGAGCUCCCUGUAACCCUCCUUUGCGGCCUCGAAAUUGUCGGCAAGCACUAUAGCUCCCUUCUUGAGAUACGGCUUGACCAGCCUGAGGGUUGGGAGUGCCAGCGGUGUCCAGACUGUUUUUGUUGGUGUUUUGGUUACUACUGGUUAGCCAAAAAAAAAAAAGGACCCUCUUGUCACUGCCAGAAUACUAUUUUGGGAGUGGGGAGCAAACUUGCUGUCGAGUAGGAGACAGUCCACCUGGGACGGCAUGUUCUCCUUCAGCGUGUGCCGCAGGUCGCCCUUUCGCAGCUCGAUCCAGCGCGAGACGUCCUCGACGCCGGCGCGGUCCCAGUUCUCGCGCGCGCGCGCGGCCUUUGCCGGCUCCAGCUCGGUGGCGAUGACCCUCGCGGCGGGGCCGGGGCGGGCGACGCCGGCGGCGGCGGCGUUCUGGCCGACGGCGAGGGCGAGGUAGAUGGUGGAGAGGCCGAAGCCGGUGCCGGCCUCGACGACGGUGCGGGCGCCCGACGCGCGCAGCAGCAGGUACGCGAGCGCGCACUUCUCCGGGUCCAGCGCCACGUACAGCCCGCGCGUGCGCGCCUGCCGCGCGUCCUGCACCGCCGCCGGGCUCGCGUCGUCGGGUAUGUCGGUGCUCACAAAGGGCGGCUCGUCCAGCGCCUCGCCGUGCAGCUCCGUCAGCACGUCGAGCACGCGCUGGCUGGCGCUGACGGAGGCCAGGGCCUUGUAGAUCUCGGCCUUGGCGAAGGUGGAAGGCAUGUUGUCUCGGGGGGUGGGGGUGGGACGUUUUCU